AACUGAUUUGUUCGAAUCAGAACUACUCAGUAUUUAAACAGCCUCUAAACCGGUCACAUUAGAAUUAAUGGCAUUUCGGUUGAACCAAAAACAUCUUUGAUAAAUCAAUUGAGAAACGGUGAUUUCGCAAAUUAUUACUUGUGCACACAACGACUAGAUUUGAGUUGUUCAUUUCUUGUGUGUAAUAAUUGCAACUUUUUAACGAUCCCACACUCACAAGCUAAUAAUCCGUUUGUUCAUAUUGAUAUUUGCAUAUUUGCAAAUUUGUAUUACAUUUUCAAUGACAACAACAGAGAAACUUAUAAUUCAUUAAAAUAACACGUAUACAACGAAUGAUUUGGAAAUAAAUAAGAUUUAUGAGUGGUGUGUGUGUGGCUAAAAAUAAAAAGAAACACUGUCCAAUAAAUCAAGCGCUGAUCGAGAUAGUGUAAGCUAUUGCAAAAAGAAAUUCGGUUCGAACACUCGCACACACACAUACACGAUCAAACAGUACAAUGGUUGAGUCGGAAUUAAGUGAAAUUUCAAGUGAGUUGAUUCGCACGACGGUUCGUGAAACGGUCGAAAAUGAGUUAAAAAGCAACAACUAUAAAAUUAAUGUGAGUUCAGCGUCACAGUCGGGCGACAAUAAUUUCAUCGGCGUCGUUUAUCGAGUGUCAUUUUGUAAAGAAAAAAAAAUUGAAAAUGGAGUGAAUUCCAUUUCAAAGCUAAUUCUCAAAGUUGCGCCACAGAAUGUAGCGCGUCGAGAGCAAUUCAUGUCGCGACCUUGCUUUUUGCGGGAAAUUUAUUUGUACAAUGAGGUGUUGCCAUAUUUUCGUGAAUUUGAAGAAUCAAAAGGUGUAAUCGUCGAUGAAAAUGGUUUCACUGAGUAUCCAAAAUGUUUUCGCACUGUUGAUAUCGAACUUGAUGAAUGUGUUUUGCUCGAAGAUUUGAGCGUGAGUGGCUUUAAAAUGAUUGAUCGAUACACCGAAGAGGUUAAAGCAGAUCAUGUAUAUCUGAUGAUGAAAUUAUUGGCCAAAUAUCAUGCAAUUUCAUUUGCAUUGAAAGAUCAACAACCCGAAAAGUUCAAAGAACUUUCAUCGAAUUUAGAUGAAAUUUUCUUUUGCCGAGAUUCAAUGUUGAGAGACUACUUUUUAAAACAAUCCGAAGAUCUUUCGAAUGUAGUAUCUGGCGAUGAAGAUGCCCAUUUGCUGGAAAAAGUGAAGAAACUUCUUCAACAGCAUCCAAUGGAUGUAACAGCCGAUUGUUUUGAAACAGGAAGGGAUGCCGCAGUGAUAGCACAUGGCGAUACUUGGCAAAAUAAUGUGAUGUAUAAAUAUGAUAACAAUGGAAAGCCGAUCGAUAUUCGCCUGAUUGAUUGGCAAAUUGCACGACAUGUAUCACCGAUCAUUGACAUUGUUUAUUUCAUAUUCUUCUGCACAACAAAAGAAUUGAGAGAUGCUCACUAUGAUGAUUUCCUGAAAACUUAUCACGAAACUUUGUCUAAACACAUCACAAAGUUAGGAUCAGACCCAGAAACACUAUUUCCAUACAAAUUGAUGUUGGAACAUUUCCAUAGUUUGGGAAAAGUCGGUUUGAUUUUGGCUACAGUAAUGCUUCCAAUUAUAAUGAAAGAUAGUGCACAAGAAAUAAAUUUGGAUGAAAUUUCAGAAGAUGUUGUCGGUAAUAAAAAAGAACUUGACGCCUCCAUUUUUUUGUCUAUCGAAUCGAACAAAAGAUAUAAUCAACGUUUGCGAGAAAUUAUUAUUGAUAUGGUUCGAUUGGAAUAUAUUUGAAAUGGUUCAUUAUUUACUAUUUCGUUGAUUGCACGGUUUUCUGUAUUUUUUUCAAAUUAUGCACUGCAAUAAAGUUUAUUUAAAAAAAAAAUUAUGCUUAAUUUUUGCCACAUUAUUCCAGGAAGUUGAUUCAAAAAAUUCGGCUAACCCAUGUCAAAGGAAUCAUUGUGCCGCGGAAGAUUUAAAUUACAGUAAAUAUGUGUAUAUUGGAAAAAACCUGUUUCUAAUCCAAUUUCGGGAAAUAUGAGAAUCACUACUAAGGCUUUUUUGCACUAAAUGAACCUACUUCUGAAAUAUGAUAUUUCGUACUUCUAUAUGAGCAUUUCACAUUCACCACAUUCUUUAUUUUCUUCGCCGCUCAAUUUUCCAUCGAUGUUCCCUUCAAUUUGUGUUCAAUUGAUGUUAUUUUAAGCAAUGUCGGAAAACAAUUUGGACUUUUCACCUAAUUAAUUUUAUUAGUCUUAUUUUCAAGGGCGUCUGGAGUGAAAAGUAUGCAAUAAUAACAAGCUGAAUCCAUGCAAAAGUAGUCGAUAUUCACUACAAUGAAAUUUUGAUGGAAAAACACUAUUAUAAGCAUAGAGCGUUGAACAAACAGUGGUUCCAAAAAUAGUUUGUAAAUAGAGUGGAAUGUCGAAAAUCGCUCAGAAAUGAAAUAAUGAAUCAAAGUUUUGACAUUGAAAUACCAUUUAAAAUCAAUUAUUAAUUGAUUGAUAAAU